AUAAAACCCAAUUAAUACAUCUUGAAAGCAAAGCAAAAAUGGAUGCCACCAGAGAUCAGCAGAAGCAUUUUGUUCUGGUACAUGGUGCAUGCCAUGGCGCCUGGUGUUGGUUCAAGCUCAAACCUCUUCUCGAAGCUGCCGGCCACCGUGUCUCCGCCUUUGAUCUCUCAGCCUCCGGCACCAAUACCAAACUGAUACAGCAACUGACGUCACUUUCCGACUACUCUUUGCCGUUGCUGGAAUUCAUGGCCACCAUUCCGCCUGAGGAGAAGGUGGUGUUGGUGGGCCAUAGCCUCGGUGGCAUGAAUAUAGCGCUCGCCAUGGAAAAGUUCCCGGAAAAAGUCUCCGUCGCCGUCUUUCUCACUGCCUUCAUGCCGGAUUCCUUACACAAGGCUUCAUAUGUCAUAGACGAGUAUAACGAAAGGACUCCAGCGGAAGCUUGGUUGGACACACAGUUCUUGCCUUUCGACGAAAACGAUGUCGAAUCGGAAACGUCAAUGUUUUUCGGCCCCGAAUUUCUAUCGAACAAGCUCUAUCAACUUUGCUCAAAUGAGGAUCGUGAAUUGGGGAAAAUGUUGAUAAGACCUGGAUCGUUAUUUCUAAAAGAUCUACGUAGCGGAUUACAAUUUACGGAAGAAGGGUAUGCAUCUGUACAACGAGUUUUCAUUGUAUGUGAUGAAGACAAGGCCAUCGAAAAAGAAUUUCAACGGUGGAUGAUUGACAACAAUCCUGUAGCUGGGGUGAAAGAGUUGAAAAAUGUGGAUCACAUGUCGAUGUUGUGUGACCCAAAGCAGCUCAGUGUUUGUCUUCGCGACAUUGGAGGUCGUUAUGCAUAAUUGAACUUUAUGUUCAUCUAUUAUUUUCAAGAAUAAUUCAUGUGGCACUUUAUUGUACUUAUUGUCCUAUUUAAACAAUAAGAAAAAUAUUUCAAUA